GCAAGAAGAUGGCGGUGAAGAUCUCCAAAAAGAGAACAUUUGUGGCAGAUGGAAUUUUCAAGGCAGAGCUGAAUGAGUUCCUGACUCGUGAGCUCGCAGAAGAAGGAUAUUUGGGUGUUGAGGUCCGCGGAACCCCCACCAAGACCGAGAUAAUCAUCCUAGCCACAAGGACCCAGAAUGUUCUGGGAGAGAAAGGCCGUCGCAUCAGAGAGCUGACCGCUGUGGUCCAGAAGAGGUUUGGCAAUACAUACAACGUGGAGUUGUAUGCUGAGAAGGUGGCCACUCGCGGACUGUGCGCCAUCGCCCAGGCUGAGUCUCUGGGCUACAAGCUGCUCGGAGGUUUGGCUGUGCGCAGGGCAUGUUACGGUGUUCUGAGGUUCAUCAUGGAGAGCGGCACGAAGGGCUGCGAGGUGGUGGUGUCCGGCAAGCUGAUGGGCCAAAGGGCAAAGUCCAUGAAGUUUGUGGACGGACUGAUGAUCCCACUUCUGACACCAUGUAGAAAUCAGUGA